AUGGAAACUAUAGAUGGAUGUUUGCUAUCGUGUCUUAUAUCAGAAUACAACGCGCGAAAGCAUCAAACUAUUGGUAUGCGACCCAUGGAUGUCAUCUCCGUGAUCGCCAACAAGCUCUUAAUCACGGUGCAUAACCGCAUAAAGAUCGCUGCACCCGCACGAGUCAAAGUGGGUGACUCGGUACGUGUGAGUAAAUUCAAGACAAUUUUUGAGAAGGGUUACACGCCAAAUUGGACCACAGAAGUGUUUAAAAUCGUUAGAGUGCAGAAAACUAAUCCCGCAACUCUUUUGGAGGAUUCUCGCGGAAAAUCCAUAGCCGGAGGAUUCUACGAAUACGAACUGCAUCGCGUUGCUAAUCCCGACGUGUACCUCGUCGAAAAAGUUUUGCGCAAAAGAGGGAAUAAGGUAUACGUGAAAUGGUUGGCAUUGGACAAUUCGAAUAAUUCAUGGAUAUGCAUGGAUAACGUGUUGUAA